AUGCCCAGGACCGUAAUCGAAAAUGCCUCGAUAUUCGAUGGCCAGGAUAUUACUGGGCCAAGAACCAUCAUCAUCGAUGGAUCACAAAUCAGUCACGAUUCAACGGCCGCAAAGGAAGAUACGGUGGUUGAUGGUACCGGCUGCACGCUCAUGCCCGGUCUGAUUGACUGCCAUGUGCAUGUCGACAGUCCAAGCCAGCUCGCCUCGUUCGCUGGGCACGGCAUCACGACAGUGUGCGACAUGGCCUGCUUUCCAAUGGAAAAGUACGAAAAGCUCCGCUCAGCGGACGGCCCUACCACGUGGCUCGGCGCCGGUCUACCGGCCUUUGCCCAAGAGUCCACGCACGGAAAGCUCCUCAAAUUCGCGGGAGUCGGGAUGGAUCAGGCUGUGCACAGCCCGGAAGACGCAGUACGGUUCGUGGCGGACAGAGUUCAGGAUGACGUCAACUAUAUCAAGAUCAUUGCGGACCUACCCGGUAUCGAGCAGGAGUGCUUGGACAAGAUCCAGGAGGAGGCGCGAGGUCAGGGCAAAAUGACAGUUGCGCAUACGGCGCAAUAUGCAGCCUUCUCCCGGGGCUUGCACGCAGGCUUUGACAUUUUGACGCAUUUGCCGACGGAUAAGCCGCUCGACAAGCCCAUGGUGGACCAGAUGCUCAGCCAGGGGACGGUAGCGGUGCCGACCCUCACCAUGUCGGAGAACAUGACGAGCAGUUGGACCAUGCGACUCAUCAGAGGCAAGAUGGAAUUUCAACACGCUCUGGACAGCGUGGCGGCCAUGCACCUGGCGGGCGUGCCAAUUCUCGCGGGUACCGAUGCUAAUAAUACCCCCAUAUUGGCCGUGCCAGCGGGCACUUCUCUACAUCACGAACUUGAGCUUUUGGUCAAAGCCGGGCUUAGCCCGAUCGAAGCCCUUCGUGCCGCGACUUCGAGUGCGGCAAAACAUUUUCACCUCAAUGACCGGGGUAUGAUUCGGCCGGGAUUGCGGGCGGAUUUGUUAUUAGUAGAGGGGAAUCCGGCCGAGGAUAUCAUCGCGACUCAGAAGAUCCAAAGAGUAUGGUCUGCUGGCAAGGAGGUCUGUUUAGCCACCGAGAAUGCGAGUUGUAUCGUCAUGUAA